AUGACACACGAAUCAGGUCAACAAACGGCCGAUCAUAAGCCUCACUGCAGUAAUAUCGUCAUCCACCAGGCUGACAACUUUGGACGUUGCGGAAUUUGUGAUUCUACAGCCGGUGCUUUAUGGACUUACGAAGCCGGCGACGCAGCUUGAGAACUCGAAUCUAGCUAUAUAAUUGCAGAACCCGAAGCUGCAGACGCAAACUCAGAACUCGAAUCUAGCUGCGUAACUGCAAAACCCGAAACUACCGACGCAAUUCCAGAACCCACAGCGCUCGAAACGGUUUCCCCUAAUCCGGAGACUAUAGAGAAGCCAAAACUUGUUUUUAAAAGACAAGCUCGAGUUGGGAUUUGGGCAGGUUCCCUGAUGGACAGCCCUGCAGAGCCUGUGCCCAGAUAUCAAAAUGCUGGGCCACAAUAUCAACUAGGUCCACCAGGUCCUCCUUCUGAAAAGUCCGGAUAUAGGACUCUUUACGAUUCCAUUAUUGCUACCAACGAUUUGGAACGUUUUCACCUCGAGAAUAGACUUGAUAAGAAGGAAAAUAUGGAGGCUUUUGUUUGUCCAGCUAGUCGAAAUAGUGAUGACGGGCAAAUGGAGCUGGGCACUAGGCAGUUUUUUGACUUGGAAAAGAGGCAACCAAAUGUAGUGGUUAGACAAGGAUGGGCAGGAAAAAAUCGUGAGACUACGAGAAAUUAG